AUGAUGUCUUAUCUUAAGCAACCACCUUAUGCAGUCAAUGGCCUGAGUCUCACAACCUCGGGCAUGGAUUUGUUGCAUCCGUCCGUCGGUUAUCCCGGGCCUCUGGCUCCUUUCGCAGCCACCCCCCGAAAGCAGCGGCGGGAGCGCACGACCUUCACCCGCGCACAGCUGGAUGUGCUGGAGGCCCUUUUCGCCAAGACUCGCUACCCCGACAUCUUCAUGAGAGAGGAGGUGGCUCUGAAAAUCAACCUGCCUGAGUCCAGAGUGCAGGUAUGGUUUAAAAACCGCCGAGCCAAGUGCCGGCAGCAGCAGCAGCAACAGCAGAACGGGGGCCAGAACAAGGUCCGGCCAGCUAAAAAGAAGAAUUCUCCAGCCCGGGAAGUGAGUUCAGAGAGUGGGACCAGCGGGCAGUUCACUCCGCCCUCCAGCACCUCCGUCCCUACCAUUUCCAGCAGCAGUGCCCCUGUAUCCAUCUGGAGCCCCGCGUCCAUCUCCCCGCUCUCAGACCCCCUCUCCACCUCUUCCUCCUGCAUGCAGAGAUCCUAUCCUAUGACCUACACUCAGGCAUCAGGCUACAGCCAAGGAUACGCUGGCUCGACCUCCUAUUUUGGAGGGAUGGACUGUGGAUCUUACUUGACCCCUAUGCACCACCAGCUCCCCGGACCAGGGGCCACCCUGAGUCCCAUGGGUGCCAACGCGGUCACCAGUCACCUCAACCAGUCUCCGGCCUCCCUCUCCACCCAGGGCUAUGGAGCCUCCAGUUUGGGCUUUAACUCCGCCACCGAUUGCUUGGAUUAUAAAGACCAAACCGCCUCCUGGAAGUUAAACUUCAAUGCUGACUGCUUGGAUUAUAAGGACCAGACAUCGUCAUGGAAGUUCCAGGUUUUGUGA